AAAUCGCCAAAUUUAUUUCGGAACUCGUACGGACAUGGCGACUUGGAAGCUCCCAUUGCUCCGACGGACGCUUCUCUCUGCCUCUCCACCGCCCUUCUCUAACCUCUCCUCAUUUUCCCGCCACUUUCUCAGCUUCCAAUUCAAGCGCUCAUUUGCUCAAUCCCGCUCUCUCGCCAUGGAGAUGGAGGAGGAAUCCAUGUCUUCUAUUCUCACCACUCAAUUGAACUCCCCAACCCCAAAACCCGAAUGGAAGCCCCUUUGCUUGUAUUACACCCAAGACAAGUGCGCUAUGAUGGACGAUCCUGUGCACCUUCAGAAGUUCUAUCAUACUUGCUCGGUGCGUCUUGAGACGAGUGUUGCUACGUUGACGAAAUUCCGACCUCAAGAGUUUGAUUACUUUUUAGUGCUGGAUUUAGAAGGAAAGGUCGAAAUCCUUGAGCUUCCGGUGCUCUUGUUUGAUGUGAAAGCUAUGGAUGUGGUGGAUGUGUUUCACAGGUUUGUAAGGCCUACAAAGAUGAGUGAGAAAAGAAUUGAUGAGUAUAUUAAGGGGAAGUAUGGCAAAUUUGGCGUUGAUCGUGUUUGGCACGACACAGCCAUAAAAUUUGACGAUGCUAUUGAACAAUUUGAGAGUUGGCUGAGGAAAGAUCGAGAGCAUAUUAAGUUAUGGAGAGAGGAGGAGGAUGGUCGUCUAAAUCGAGCUGCAUUUGUGACUUGUGGAAAUUGGGAUUUAAAAACCAAGGUACCUCAGCAAUGUGAACUCUUGGGAAUGGAGGUUCCGCCGUAUUUCAAUGAAUGGAUCAAUCUGAAGGACAUUUUCCUGAACUUCUACAAUAAAAGGGCACCAGGAAUGCUUUCAAUGAUGAGUGAACUCCGGAUUCGCCCAUUGGGAAGCCACCAUCUUGGCAUCGAUGACACGAAAAACAUUGUAAGAGUGAUGCAUCAUAUGCUUGAUGAUGGCGCCCUUUUGCAAGUUACGGCCAAAAGGCCCCAUGGUUCUUGCAGGAACGUUGAUUUCCUCUUUCAGAACCGUAUUUAACAACUCGUCUAUGUCAGUGAUUAAAUUUUGGUUCAGCGAAAUGUUGACUCAAGCUUCAAUUUGCUGGUGUAAUUGGAUGCUCGUUUUCUGUUUUCCGCCAAUCAUUCUAGUUAUGUUCGAAUGUUUUCUCUGUUAGUCUUCUUGAUGUUGUGCAAUCUCAUCCAUCCGAGAUUAUUGAUUCUUUGUGCUAUGUCCUAACACUUGAAUUAGAUUCACACUUCUCAGCCUAUACAGAAUUUCAAGGUUACUUACAUUACUUAUUCUGCAUUUCUGCCAAGUGUUUGUGUGAAAUAUUGGAUCAGUUCUACGCAAUUAAUAACACGAUGCAUCUGACAAGUACUUGUUUUAGUGUCUAACUGUUCGUGCAAAGGUGGGUCGAAGAACAACUAUCGACUUGCUGCUAGUUGAGAGUUAUAUCACCACAAGGCUAUAAAGAUUUCAAGAAAGAAGGUAUCUUUUUGCUCUGUGAGAAUUUUAAUUAAUUCUGCACCAGGCUAUGGAUCAUGGUGGUGACUGUUCUUUAGAGCCCUGUGAAGAUGAUGACAGUGGCAAGUUGGAGCUAGCAAAGCUGCUUGAAGAGUGUUGGUUUUACGGCAACGAUUUGAGGAUGCCGAGAAGUUUUUCUGAUCCCGGCCCUUCUUUGUCGAAGCAGGGUCGACAGGCCAUUGCUGGAAUGUCCUGCGAGGAACUCCCUCGGGACAAAUUGAGUCAGCGUGGAAAGUUGAUCGGGGACCAUCAAGAUGAGGAGAUUGAGUUUUCGAUGGGGAAAUUGAUCCGACAGGCUUCCAUGAUAGAUUCAGAUACUUCUUCUAAGAUAACGAAUUUCAAUUCCGGCGAAUCAAGAAGGAAGCAGAGUUUGUGGCGCAAUCGGGAAGUGAAAAGUUUCAAGGACUUGGGGUUUGAUAGGCUUCCUAAGGGAAUCGAAGAUGAUGACAAUGGAAACUACCGGAAGGUGAGGCUGAACUGUCAUCCUAAGCGGGCUGAGAAAACGGCCAUGGAAAGAAAAGAAGAAGAAGAAGAUACAAUGAAGGCACAGAUCAAGUUCUGGGCGAGGGCCGUGGCAUCGAAUGCCCGGAUGCAGGAAUGCUAACCAACAGCUAGCUAACACACCAUGUAAUAAUAGCAAUUGAUCAAAUUUGACUUCUUAUUAUACAUGAAUUCAGCCAUGGAUGUACUGUAAACUUGGAUUUUUUCUGACAGAUAUGCAUAUGUUUAUAUA